UGUACGAUAUUCCCAUUUCUUCAGCGCCUCUUCACUUCUCUGCGAAGAUACCGUAUCCUUCUCACGUUCUUCACCUUUUCCAUCUCACUUUCGAUCCAAAAGGCCAUUAAAAUAUUUAAUUCCCAAUUUCUAGCAGACUCUACAAGUCUGUAUUUUUCGGGCUCCUAAUAGUUCAACUCCAGACACUGAGAACUUUCUUAGUUCUUCCAAAGCCUCUGUCUAAUGGUUCAACACAACCCCACCAACCACCUUAAACCCCCUCAAUUUGUCAUCUUGUUCUUUUACCCAUAUUUUUCAUCAAGUUCUAUUUGCUUGCUGGACCACUCCCUGGAUUGCUGAAGCCGCUGAUUGCUUAGUUCUCUUUGAUUUGAAGUGCGCUACGUUGUUCUUUGCUCAUGGAGUUUGGGAAGUACCUAUCAGUUGUGUGCGUGUUCUUUGCCUUCAGUUUCACCCCCUCCUCGUGCUUAACUUGAAGUUUGCCUUGAUUCUUGUAUUGGGUCGGCGGUUUUUGAAGUUGUGACUAUGCUGAUGUUUGCUUCUUGAUGGUGUUUUUGUGCAUUUUCUGGACUCUAGUCAGUGGUGAUUACGAGAAAUUAGAGAUUGGUAACCGUAGUUAAAUGGUUCUACGGUUGUGGGGCUGGUGGGUUUUACUUCUGGAUUCUGCUACAAUACAUUUUCAACUUUAAUUAUUGGUUAUUCAAGAGUUUGUAUAUUGGAGCGUGAUAUUAAAGGUUCGGGGAGUUGCGGGUUUGGAGGGAUUUAGUUGUUGAAGUUGUGCACUUGGUAUCAUGGAGAGUAACGGGGUUGGUCAUUUGUCAAAUGAUUUAGUAGAAGAGGCUCUUAGCAGCCAAGAAGUGGAUACAGGUGUUGGGCAGAGUGGCAUUGUUUAUGGGUCAGUGGCGCAAAAGCAGUGCCCCGAUGAACAGUGCAAUGCAGGUUCUUUCGAGAAGGCAGAUAAUCAGAAUAAUUCACCCAGUUUAGAGAUUUCUCAGUCGAAGGAAUUGAUUGUUAGUUCUUCACCUCGAAGAGGCCUGGAUCAUUGUGUCACUGCUCCUGUCUGCAUUGACAGAAGUCUGCUCACUGAUGACCAUGCAGUCACAUUCUCUAGAUCCAUGACAGAGAAGAAGGAGGUUCCAAGGCAUGACCUAAAGUUGGAUAGGCUGUCAGAGCGUGAAAAGAUAAAGCUAAUCGCUAACCUAGUCAAGAUACAAAAGGAUGGGACGGUAGAAGUUGAUAUCACUAAAAGUGCACCUGUAGCUUCUGAAUUGUUGGAGCUUCAUACUGCUGAAAUGACACCUGUCGGAGUCGCUGAUAUUACUUCUGAAUCUAAUAAAUCAAUUCCUAGAUUGAAAAUUGCCAUUCUUGUAGUUGGCACAAGAGGAGAUGUACAGCCUUUCCUUGCUGUAGCAAAGAGACUUCAGGAGUUUGGUCAUUGUGUCAGGUUGGCUGCUCAUGCUAACUUCAGCAACUUCGUAAGGUCAGCCGGGGUGGCCUUCUAUCCUUUGGGUGGUGAUCCUCGAGUUUUGGCAGGAUAUAUGGCCAGAAAUAAAGGUUUCAUACCAUCUGGACCAGGAGAAAUAUCCAUACAAAGGAAGCAACUGAAAGCCAUUAUUGAAUCUCUCCUUCCAGCAUGUACAGAAGCAGAUUUGGAAACUGGUGUUCCUUUUAGAGCUCAGGCUAUCAUUGCAAACCCUCCUGCUUAUGGACACACACAUGUUGCUGAAGCUCUUGGUGUUCCCCUUCACAUUUUCUUCACAAUGCCUUGGACGCCCACUUAUGAAUUCCCUCAUCCAUUGGCGCGUGUACCUCAAAGUGCUGGUUAUUGGCUUUCAUAUAUAGUCGUGGAUUUACUGAUAUGGUGGGGCAUAAGGUCAUAUAUUAACAACUUCAGGAAACGGAAAUUGAAGCUUGCUCCUAUUGCAUAUUUCAGCACUUACCGUGGGUCAAUAUCUCAUUUGCCUACAGGCUAUAUGUGGAGUCCCCAUCUUGUACCAAAGCCGAAUGAUUGGGGAACUUUAGUUGAUGUUGUUGGAUUUUGUUUCUUAAACCUUGGGUCAAAGUAUCAGCCUCAAGAAGAAUUUGUUCAGUGGAUUCAAAAAGGACCUGAACCUAUAUAUAUCGGGUUUGGGAGCAUGCCUCUCGAAGAUCCCAAGAAAAUAACGGAUACCGUGUUGGAGGCUUUAAAAGACACAGGACAAAGAGGAAUAAUUGACCGAGGCUGGGGAGGUCUUGGGCAUCUUACAGAGAUUCCUGACAAUAUUUUCCUCUUAGAGGAAUGCCCUCACGAUUGGUUGUUUCCCCAGUGUUCUGCUGUGGUUCAUCACGGUGGUGCUGGAACAACGGCUACAGGGCUAAAAGCUGCGUGCCCAACAACCAUAGUUCCGUUCUUUGGAGAUCAGUUCUUCUGGGGUGAUAGAGUGCAUCAAAAAGGGCUUGGACCUGCCCCAAUCCCAAUAUCUCAGUUCAGUGUUGAGAGCCUUUCAAAUGCGAUAAAUUUCAUGCUUCAGCCUGAGGUUAAGUCUCGAGCAAUGGAACUGGCAAGGUUGAUAGAGAAUGAAGAUGGUGUUGCUGCUGCGGUUGAUGCUUUUCAUCGGCAAUUACCUCCAGAGCUACCCUUGCCCACUGCAUCUUUGGAGGAAGAUGAGCAACCAAAUCCCCUGCAGUGGAUUUUUAUUCAAAUUGAGAAGUGGUGCUGCCUGCCUUGUGGUUUGUAGAGUCAUUGUCAUAUUGUCGUGUUUGUAUAGUCCUGUUCUUUUUUUUUUUUUUUUUUUUAAUAUAUCAUUUUACCUCUCAUUCCAUUCAUUUCAUUCAAGGGCCUCUUUAAGGGCUAGACUCAACAUAGUUUAGAUAAAAAGUGAUAUUACAAGUUAGCAUAGGUUUUUCUCCCUGCUUGUCUAAGAGUGUUUGGUUUCUUUCUUGAUUUGUAACACAUAAUGAGGGUAGAGUUAUAGGAGUUGAGUUUCUUCAUUUCAGACCUUUUUAUGGGUUGCGCUUGUCUCUUAUCAUUUUCUUUAUAUGAUAUUGAUUCUCUAUUCAUCAGCAA